GUUUGCUAAUAAAGUCAAUUAUUUUGUACAAUUACACUAAAUACGUAAUUAUAAUCCAAAAACCCGGCAGAUUUUGUUAGAAAAACAUGAGAUGUUUAGAUAUCUCCUUUAUAUUUCGUGCUUACUUUUACUACACAAUCUGGUUCCGAUCAGCUCCACUGAGGCAGAGGAUCAGGAACUUAGUAUAUCUCGAAAGGAGGGCUCAUCUAAGUCGAGGAUCCAGGACGGCAUGGGACUGACGCAUUAUAAUAGACUGUAUGACGCCUAUAGGGAGCGAUUAAAGGGAGAGGGAGGAGAGGAAUCAGAAGCCGAACCAAAGUCGGACUCGAAAGAUGCGCCACUUCAAAGAGAUCUUGUUGCCCUAACUAAAAAAGUAAAGGAACCUAGUUCUAAGGAGAAAGAUUCCACGGCACUGCCCCUCAUCGAUGCAACCGAAGAUCGCCCCUUGCCAUCGGGUAAGUGCCUGGCCCGGCUUCCAUCUGGUAAUCGAGAAAAUCAAAGUGCCAAGGCACAGAUCGAUGCUAAAACCCCCUUGGUAAGCAGUAUGAUUUUGCUGAAGCUGGAUAUGCCGGAAAAUAUGAUAGGGGUCAAAACACAGGAGAAGAUUCAGGAUCCUGGAGAGCGCCGCAUUCUCGAACUCAAUCGCAUAUACAAGGAUUUCCUGAAGGCCUGGCAACAGCCAGCCCCGAGUUUGAACUCCAAGACUGAAGUCCCCACCAAGCCUCUGAGCUCGUCAGGAUCUGUGCGACUGAGUGCUUUGUCCGAUUUGAUGGAUGUGAUCGAGCGUCUGCAGAAAAGUGAUUUGGUUAAGGAGUUGGCCCAGAAGAUAAGCGAUGAAAUGGAGCCCAAUCUGCAGAAUCAAAUCAAGCAGGAUGCCCUUCUGGUGACCGAAAGUAGAGCCUCCUUGAGGGCUAUUAAAAAGAAUGAUCUCUCUGGGAUCUUUGAAAACGAGGAACCCGGUAGCGCUUCCGUGGCAUUUAAGAAAAUGCUAGAUGAUAUCAACUCCAGAAGAUCCAGCAUUAAGGCUGGUGGGCUUUAUGAUGAGUACAAGAAGGGCUUCUGUCAGUUAUUCAGCGAUCAUAAGUUUACCAGGCAGUCGCUGAUAACCAGCGAAGCGGAUUAUCCCUUAGACAGCGAAUCAAGUCGCCGGGUGAAUGGAGAGGACGUUUUUCCCAGUCAGACUGAUAAAGCAAAGGCGAUCUCCCUUAAAAGUAACGAACCGGAAACCAAAAGCCCAGCCAAGCUCUGUGUUCCGGUGGCCACGCCGAGCACGAACAACAACUAUCUGAGGGCCCUGGAAACCUUCAUCAAGUUGAACAAGGAGAGUAACAAGAACGGCGGCUUGAAGCCCUAUUACCUGCCGAACUCCAAAAAUCGUCAGUUAAUUUGGAAUGAUAUUCCCUUGAUCAAGCCAGGCCUAAGUGAGACACCCAAGAAAGCCCCGGAGAGUAAGCAGAAAUACAAGCCCUCCAGCAAUCCCAUCCAAGAGAAUGUGGUUCCCGAAAAGGAACCCACUAAGGCGGCAGCUACUUCUAAGCCUGCUCUUAAACUGGAAACUAAAGUGAUGCAAUGUGUUCCCAAGGCCGACAAUAAAGUGCUAGCCACCAACCCCUGGCAGGAAGUAUUUUCAGGUCUAGACCCCAAGCAAAUUAUAAGCGGAUUGAAGGCCAUCAAGCAGUCGUCCUUCUUCAACUUGGUGGAGGAGUACCAGAAGCAAAUCGAUAACCUCAAUCAGGCGUUGAAAACGAAGCAGAGUUGGUGGAAGGAGGUGCUGGAGAGUGGCAAGUCCCCCCUCAGGACACCCGCCAAAAGGAAUGUACUCUUGGGAAAUGCCGCCUCUGGAACUCCGCUGCCAGCGCCUUUUCCCGAGGUCCUGGUCAACCAGGCUCCACAACUGGGUGGUAAUAAUGUCAUUGACAACAUGGCCACUCAAAUGAACCUGUCACCUGUGGAGCUGGCCAAAAGGAUUGUGGGCGGUGGUCAGAAUAGUGCAGUAAAUUCAGCGGAUGGACGAGCCAGACUGGUACCAAAUCUCCUGCAAACAGCAAGUCAGAUCGGAGGCAGCUUCAAGAAAGGACCAGAGGUCUUGUGCCAAGUCCCAUGUCAAUCGAUGGGCCAAUCAUCACAGCCGUCUCACCAACAGCAACAACCUCAACAACAGCCGCAGGAGGAGCAGUCGGGGAUUUCCCCGGUGCUAGACAAGAUUCUGGAGCGUUUGGAGAACAUUCAGGCAACGAAAUGCAACAAGUCCGCGGACGAGGAGGAGGAGAAGAAUCUGCCCUGCUGCUUUGUGGACCCGGCAGAUGGUUCCCCCUGCGACCUGAACGGCUCCUGGGAGUCCCUGGUCCUGGGAGUUCGCAUAAAUAUCAAAUCCCCACCCGUGACUGCAGAUGGGGAUGUGAAGGAAAGACCCUCCUGCAGUCAACACAAAGCGGCCCGCACCCAUCAUCGGAGAUUCGUGCGGCAGUGCGUCAAGAUGAACAAGACCCAGUUAAAGGAUAUAGCCGACUCAAAGACCCCCAAUUUUCAGGGCAUACCGCUUAACAUUAGUGUGCAGGAAACCGUACCGCCGAGAGCCCACGACCUCAUCGACAAUCUCACCGACUGGCACUUCUCCGGCCACGCCCUCAUGAUCCUCGGCGGACCCCUGUCGCUCUCCUUCCGCAAGGUCAACUCCAACCUGAUCGGACACUUUGUGGGCUACUGCCGCACCUGCGGCUGUGUGGACACCAUUUUCGGCUCCUGGAGCUUCUGCCAGCCCUCGCGGGACUGCCAGGACAUCUGCAUGUCCAUUGUGGAUAGGCGCGAUAUGCUGCGACGAUAUAGUAUGGAUGAGCGGCGGAAGAACCGCUUCAAGGAGCAGCUCUACAUGGGCAGCAAGUGGGCCAAAAUGGAGAAGGACAGGCUGCUCGCCGAACAGGAAAAGUACCAAAAACUGAGGGCCCAAGCCGCCAGCAAAUCGGAUGAUCCUAGUUCUAAAAGUCUGACUUGAGUUAAAAUUUAAUUCGUUUUAACUUUUAGUUUGAUAAUGAUUUCCGUCGUUUUACAACAAGUUUAAGUUUUAGAAUUGUUAUUAUUAAAAGUUAAAAUUAAAAUUUAUUAAAAGAAAGUAAAUAUUUUUGAAAAAAUAUAUUAACUUAUA